GGUCGGCGCAGGCGCGUUGGGUGUAGAUCGGCAGCGACGUCGCUCAGGUGCCCAGGUGGGGAAGGCAGGUUGUCGAGUGUUAUCGGCGGCCCGGCUCAGCGCAGCCUUCGACAGAUAUGGAGUGAAGCGAAACAUAUAUAUGUAUAUCCGUAGACAGCGCAACUUUAUCUUUGUGACAUUGUGAGAGAGAGAGAGAGAGUGAGUGAGAGUAAGUGUAGAGUCUGCUUUAUUGACCGAGAUGGGAAGCUUAGUGAAGCGAUGAGGGGUGUAGUUUUUCAGUAGUAGGUAAAGGCCAACUGGUUGCCCCUGGUUACGGGCUGGUCCCUGGUUUGGGAGGGAGAGGAGGGUUAGUUCUGUAUCUGCACUGCGCCUGUGGUUUGAGGGUGGGCUGGGGAUCCUCUUGGUCCUAAACUUUGCACGGACUGGUGGUGAUCUUCAGGAUUUUGCUUGUGUACGUUCUUUUGGGAGGGAGGGUGGGGAGUUCGACGGUGAGUCUUGGAGAAAAUGAUCCCAUGAAGAGCUUCAGGGGGCUUGCUGCGAGUUUCUCCCAGACUUCAGGUGGGUUUGUUGCUCGUGGGUGAGACGCACCCGGGCCAAGGGCAUCAUUGAUGGGAGGCUGCGUGGGGACCCAACGCCGCCAACAACAACAGCAGCAACAACAACAUCAUCGCUCAGGGAGGCGAAGUGGCAAUGGGAGAAAAACAGGUCGAAAUGAGCCCCUGAAGAAAGAGAGGCCAAAGUGGAAAAGUGAUUAUCCUAUGACAGAUGGCCAACUGAGGAGUAAAAGAGAUGAAUUCUGGGAUACAGCACCAGCUUUUGAAGGUCGCAAAGAAAUCUGGGAUGCCCUUAAGGCAGCUGCCUAUGCCAUUGAAUGCAACGAUCAUGAACUGGCCCAGGCUAUUGUAGAUGGCGCUAGUAUUACCUUGCCACAUGGUUCGUUAACGGAAUGUUACGAUGAGCUUGGCAACCGUUACCAGCUUCCUGUUUACUGCCUGGCACCGCCUCUGAACCUCAUCACUGAAAAGUGCGAUGAGGAAACUGCUGACAUACCCGAUCCUCCGGCGAAUGCCAAGCGAGAGUUCCAGCUCAAGGUGCGCUUGUCUACAGGGAAGGAUGUCAAACUGAACGCCAGCAUGGCAGACACCAUCGGGCAGCUGAAGAGGCAGCUGCACACGGAGGAAGGUAUCGAACCCUCCAGGCAGCGCUGGUUCUUCUCUGGGAGGCUACUCACCGAUAAAAUGCGACUGCAGGAGACAAAAAUCCAGAAAGACUUUGUGGUCCAGGUUAUAGUCAAUGAGGUAGCAGCAAUUUACUGAACCACCAGGCAAAAAAUUAUAUAUAUAUAUAUAAAAUAUGCAAGACACUUGACUAUGUAUCUUAUGUAAGAAAAAACAGAAGGGCUCUGGAACAUGGUCGGCAUAGGGAGUGUACUUGAAUGUGUGUGUGGUCUACCUUGGCCAUUAUCCGUUGGUCAGUCAAAUGUAGCUUGAGGCCAAAAACAGGAGCCAUUUUUAAUGGUAUCCGGCCGCCUUGAUAAUCUGCCUUUGGUUGGCCAAUGGAUAUUUGACUGUAAAUGAAAGUUGUUCAUCUAUCUCUCUCUCUCUCGUCUGUCUGUCUGUCUGUCUGUCUCCCUCUGUUUGCUCCUCUGUCACUGUCUCUGUCAUUCUGUCUGUUUCUCUGUCUCCUCUCUCCCUCUGUCUGCCCCUCUGUCACUGUCUGUCAUUCUGUCUCUUCUCUCUCUUCCUCUGUCUGUCUCUGUCUGCUCCUCUGUCACUGUCACUGUCUCUGUCUAUCUUCUCUGCCACCUUUUCCCAGUUCAUACUACACCCCCAAAAAAAGUCUGUUUGAUUGAUUGAAUAUUUCACUGUUGCCCUUUGAACCUAGGGACUUUACAGUGAGGACCUUUUUUUUUAAAGGUUACUAUAUAGUAGCAGUAUUGAGGCUUUAUAUAGAAAGUGUACUGAGAAUGUUUUACACUGGCUUUAAUCGUGCAGUGGUUGAUCACUUUUGUUUUAUGCUGUAGGUCUAUUAGGGCCCAGCUAAGCACCAAAAACUUGCUCUUGUGUGUUUAUGUAAAAUUAUACUAAUUCAAGUCUCAAUGUAACUGUGCUUCCAUUUUUAAAAAAAAAAUUAGACUGCAGUAUGGUUUCAGCAAAAUUGAAGUUUAAUACAGCAGCUGGAAAUGUCUAAGGACGUCACCCUCUGUACAGAGAAGGGAAAAAUUAACAUUUUGGAUAUAUGUUGUUAAAACUGGAACAUACAAAGGCCUGUUAAUGAGAAAUCAGCCUUUUGUCUGGUCCUCUUUAACCAUGGAGUCUCAUGAACAAAUGUGCAAAUAUUUUAACUAAUGUUCCCAUUUUAAUUUGGAUUAUAUAUUUUAAGGCUGUAGCUGUGAACUUGUUACCUUUAUUGGGGGAAUUGCAGGCUCCAAGAACAGCUCUUUCUAAAAAUGUGCCCUUCAAGUUCCACUGUGGAAAUGCAACAAGUGAUGAAUUAAAGCACAAAUGAACAUGAAGUUUCCUGUGCUUCAUGGACAAGAACUGCUACAAGUGACCCUUGCGCUGUAGCUUGAAUGUACCUUGCAUACAAGACCAAACCCAAAGAGGGGUAAAAAAACAAAUACUUACAAAUGAAUGUACUGGUCAUAUCAGAUCUCCAUUUUAAAAUGUACAAAACUGUGCCAGUAUGAGUCAUUUGCAAGUUUUAUGGGUUUUUCCAUCUCAAGACAUGGCAGGGAUUGGAGAAUCAUGGGCUGAAGUCAAGAUUUUGCUUGUGCUGACUGUCCAAAGAAGCUGGUCAUGCUUUCACCUUUCGUUAUUGUACUUCCUCUUUGACUUUACUCAAUCCACAAUACUUAUUUUCCAAUUUGGAUGAAGGACGUAAAAUGAGAAAAAUUAAGUCGUCUUUCCCCCUUUUCAUAUGCCAACUAGUCAGCUUUGUAUUUUCAUUUCUGGACAUGCCCUGCAAUUCACCAAGAACAGCAUUGACUAUGUUGUUGUGUGAGCAGGAAUACUGUAUCUGUGGGCUCAAAUUGUACAUGCAAGAUUUGUGACUCACUUCAUAGCCAUCAGUUCAUUGUCUGCUGAUCACAGCUGUGAUGAUGGUAAGGCAUGUCUGUGGUUUGGCCUCCAGAUCACUUCGAAGGUAGAACUAAGAGGCUAUGCCUGUGUAGGCUUGGGAUGAGGAUGGAACCUGACUUGGUGGAUCUGGCUCUGUUGAAGGGCGAUUAAUAGUUCCAUCCUUGCUCACUCAAAGACUGGUUUAUGGUUGGAGCAUCUAACAACUGCUUCCCUUUCCACGUGUCCCUACUGUGUAUCCAACUUCAGGGAACUGGGAAUUGAUGGCCUGUUGAUUACAACUGUCACAACAAUAAAGUCUUUUAAUUGCCAACAUUAACUUCCAUUUUUAAAAACAUAGAGUUAAACCUAUUUCUUUAGCUGCCAACUUAAUGAGGGAAUCUAUAAACAUCUUUCUUUACAUGCAUUUGAGGUGAAAAAUAUAAAUACUAUAUUGAAAUUAUCUUGUCUGAGGCUUUCAUCUUUUGAUUCAGUACUACAAAUAAACAAAUCCUUUCCUUUUACAAAAAUGUAAAAUUCCAGAUAGACAUUCUCAGUAUAUACAGAAAAUUGUGAAAAUACUCAAAUCUGGUGGAUUUGGAGAAAGGUUGACACUCAGUACUGUGCAUACUCAACUUAAGAGUUUUGAAGCUGGGCAGAGAUCAGGGAGAAGGAAACAAAAGGGAUUCAGGAUCAAGAGGAGAAUUAAAGGGUCAGGGAUGCUAGGGCAAACCUACAAGAGAUGGCAAUAGGCUAAAUAAAGAAAUAAAAAGGUCUUUUGAUGGGGAACCUUUUUUUUUAACUGUUCCAUUAGAAUUGGGAGUGUUCAGAAAUGCAAGGCAGUAUCUGACUUAGUGCAGCAUCCAGGACCUCAAGCAAAACUGGAGUCGGUGGGAAUUGGGAAAAACUCAACUGGUUGCAGCAAUGCCUACCUAAAAAGGAAGACAGUUGCGGUUGUUGGAGGUCAGUCACUUCUGGUCUAGGAUGCCACUGCAGAUAUUCCUCUGGGUUGUGUCCCAGGCCCAACUUAAUGUGCAGCACCAUUUGCGUUGAGUUCGAUAUUCAAAUACUGAAAGACCUGACAACUGGUAACAUUUGCACCUCAAGUACCAGGAAAUGACCAUCUCCAACAAAAAGAAACCAUUGUUCUUGACGUUUAAUACCACUGCCAUUGCUGAAUUCCUCCACUCUUAACAUUCUGGGUGUUACCACUGACCAGAAACUGAAAUGCUCUAGUCACAUAUGCUCGGGCAAAUCAGAGGCUCCGGAUUUCAGUUACUAAUUUGUGUCUGGGCUUCCCAAUGUCUGUCCAUCAUCUACAAGGCACAAGUCACGAGUAUGAUGUAAUACUCUAUACUUGCCAGGAUGACUGCAGCAUUAAAAACACUGAAGCUUGACACCAUCCAGAAGUAAGUGUCCGCCUGAAUUAGCACCACACCUACAAAUAUUAAUUCCCUCCACCAGAGACGCUCAUAGCAGCAGUGUAUAACAUCUGCAAAAUAUUGCAGCAAGUCACUAAGGGUCCUUGUAUACUGCUUUCCACUUUCAGCUUGAUGGAUAAGUGCAGCAGAUAUAUGGGAACGUCACCAACUGCAAAUUUCCUUCCAAGCUAUUCACUAACCUGAUUUAAAAAUAUAUCGUCAUUCCAUCAGUGUCACUGGAUUAAAAUCCUGGACUCCUUCCCUCAUGGCAUUGUGGAUGUGGCUACACGAGAUGGACUACAGUUCAAGAGAAGGCAGCUCACCACCAUCUUCUCAAGGACCACUAGGCAUAUGCAAAAAAUGUUGCCCCAGUCACAACAGACUCGCACUUCAUGAAUCAACUAAAAUAAAUUCCUGCUUUUUUUUUCCUCUCCAGAGACCGCUAGACCUGCAUAGUAUUUUCUGUUUUCCCCCACUCCACCCCCAUCAUAUUUCUAGCAUUUUCAGUCUUUUGCUAUCUCAGUAUUAAAAUUGAUGCAUAGGAGAGGCAUUUUUGAAUUGCAGUGGAACAUUUAUUCAAACUUCAACUUCUCCAUGCCUCUUCCCCAACUCCCACUCCCACUCCCAAACCCCACCAUCUGUCCAGCGUGGAAUUUGGACUUUAAAAGGCCAACUUGAUUCCUGGUGUUUGCUUGCUUGGUAGUGGUGGGAUGUUGGGAGGACUUGGAAGCAAAGCUGCAAAAGAAGUGAAGGUGCAACAUCAAUAUCACUGUUCCCUUGUCCAAGAUAAAUUGGCUGGAGCACUUGUGUGUGUUGCUUACAAUAGAAACAUGCAUACAUUGGCUCCUGCAGUGAUUUCUGUUAACCCUUCUGAAAUAUGGGGGAGGAAGUGGUGGGCAUAAAACGGGAUCUCAGUACCUUUGAGAAACUUGAUACCUGGCAUCUGUCUUUGUAGCACAACUAUACCUUCAAAAGGAUGUUAGUCUAUUUUGUCUUCUUUCAGACUGCAAAAUGGUGGCCCCGAGUUUUGCUGUCAUUGUGUUAUUGAAAUACAUUUCUCUUGAGUAGCAGCAAAUCAUCAUUACUCAGUGGUAGGAACUUGUAACUUCAGAUCUCAUUCCUGAUCAUCCCUCCCCCACCUCCUAUCAGUGCAGCCAUUUGCAGAGUGAAACAGAACUAUAAACCCAGGUUAAAGUAAACUGGAUUUGUUUUCUUUUGUUUUUGAGCUGCAUGGUAAAUUGCGGAUUUGAUAUCCAUAGAGGGGGCGAGUCCUCAGCCCUGGUCUCCUUGCUGCCCAGCUGUAGAUGUGUAUCAGACAUGUAGGUAGAAAUGAAGACCCUAUUGGUGUGGUAAGGCACUAAACGCCUCCAUUCAAAUGACUUCAGUUAUCUUUUUCAGUCACCUUGUUCAUGGUGGGGUAAUAAAUUUGGCAAUAUAAAUUAUUAGCAAAUGCUAUUAUCUACAAAAUACUUGAAUUGGCCUGUACCACUUACUGUGUUCCCCAUCUCUUCCAUGAGAUAACAUGGCCAUGGUGAUAGAAUGCCUGCCUGUAAGGUCUUAAUGAGCUUCCCUUUACCUUGGUUACUCAGGCAGGACGCCCAUUAGUGAACCACAUGGAGUUUUACAACAGUUGGUGGUACUUUCACAGUCACUGUUAUUGAAACGCCUUUUAAAUUUCAAAUUUAUUAAUCAAAUUUAAAUUCCACCAGUUGCCAUGGUAAGAACCCUUGUACCCAGCUCAUUAGCCUGGGAGUCUGGAGUACGAGUCCAGUGACAUGUCUGCUACCAUGCUAUCUCCCAUAUUUUAUAAACAAACGAGGUGCAAUUAUAAUAAAAUCAUUGAAAAAUAUUUGAACUGUGACAAUUCAAGACCAGAUUCUGUGCUCAGAUUCACCUGGAAGAUGGAGAGAAGAAUGUAACAAGAGGUUGGGGCACUCCAAAGGUUCAUUGGUGGAUUCUAGAGCAGGGAAAGAAAUUAUUUUCUCUUGCUUCUCUUUCUCCAACCCUACUCCCAAAGACGCUGAAAUGGCAUCUGUUCUUCUGAUUAUUGCUGUGUCAUCUGAUUAUCUAAAUGCUGAUACGGUACUUCCCAAUGGCUGCCUUGAGCUGCAAACUCUAAUGCAAUACAGACUCCUGUGCUUAGGCCUUGUGGGAGUCUAAUGUCUAUAAAUAUUAGAUAACUUGUGUGUAUAUUUAGCUCCUCUGAACUGAAUUGUUUUUAGAAUAUAAAUUCCAAUGUUAGAUCCGUACAAGUUCUUUAUAAUAUGUACAUUUAUGAAAUGGCUACAAUGGUUUUGAUUCUUAAAUGCCUAAUCACGAUGUAGCCCUGAGUAAUACAUUAUUAGAUCAGUUAGGUUUGUA